AUUCUUGUGAAUGAAUCUACGACACUUCAUCGUCACGCUGAGGCUAAUUUUGCGGGAAAGUAUCGACAGUGGGCAAAGAAGCACUCUUUUGAGUCUAUGCUACCUGGCGAUAUCAAAGCUCGGAAGGAGAAAGCCGAGCAGGCGCAGCAGACAAUCAAUUUGCACCUGACUGAACGCAAACUCGCUGAGCGAGUUAUACCAUACUCAAAUAAGUUAUUCAAACGAGCCACGAUCGAAUGGUUAGUUGCAACAGACCAACCUAUCCAAGCCAUCGAGCACCCAAAGUUCCAAGACAUGAUCAAUGUCGCUUCACGGGCAACGAACGGAGUCAAAAUCCCCAAUCGUAAAGCCACCCGAGCUGAGAUCAUGCGAAUAUUCAAGAAACCUGACGAGACUCCAGACAACGUUAAAUGUGAGUCGCAAUCUAGUGCUGCGUGCUGCUUCUCAUUUUUCAACACAGAGCGCUGCUGUUAG